UUUUUUUCUUAAAUUUUUUUUUCAAUUUUAUCACAUUUUUUUAUUCUCACAUGAGAACUUCUUUUAAUUUCCCUUUAAUUUUUCCUUCAUUCUCCCUUCAUUCUCCUCCCAUAGCUAAAUUAAUUAUUGUACCCUUUUAUCAAAACUCAUGUUUAAUUUGAAACAUUCCUCUCCCUCCCAAAAACCGACCGUUUUUAUUUGAGAAGCUUUUUGUUUCUUCUCUUUUCUUCACAAUUAGCAAAUUCCAAUAAAUUGAUUACUUUAAAUAAAAACGGUUGUCUACAAAGUAAAAAUAAAAAUUAAACCAAAGAAAAAUUUAUAUUUAACGUGGAAAAAUGUCUGGAAAUUGAAGUAGUCGUUUAAUGAUUGCUCCCCUUCAUUCAUUUAUUUUUGCACCCAAACAAGUUAAUUUCAUUAAUGAAAGACUCUAAUUUGAACGGACAUGAACAACAACCAAAUAAUUCUAACAAUAAUCAAGUUCAUCCCCCUUUAGACGAUUCUUUCCAACCAAAGAAGCUAACAGCAAUUAAUUCUGAUCAUCAAUUAUUUAGAAAUUUGUCUGCAACUAAAUUGGUAGAAUUACAACAGCCUGAGACUAGCAGAAAUCAGUUGAGGAGAAUUAGUGAGGGGGACAAUCAACAUUUGGAAAGAGGCAGUCCUCUUACACUUUUACAAGAGUCUAAAGUGCUUGUGCUUUAUACUGGAGGGACAAUUGGGAUGAAAUGUUGCUGUGAAGGAGUAUAUGCCCCAGAACAGCAUUAUUUGCCCAAAAUUAUCACAAAUUUGCCACCCUUAAAUGACAAGGAAUUUGUGGAGUAUGCCUAUGCUGAUGCUCAAUUAAGACCUUAUGCUUUACCUUUAGUUAGAGGAAUGAAGAAAAGGGUUGUUUAUUGGUUGGUGGAAUACGAACCUUUACUUGAUUCAUCUGACAUGACUUUUGAUGAUUGGACUAGAAUAGCUAAAGACAUCCGCAAGUCAUAUUCUGCUUAUGAUGGCUUUGUUGUGCUCCAUGGAACUGAUACUUUGGCAUAUACAGCUUGCGCGCUUUCUUUUAUGAUGGAGAAUUUGGGAAAACCUGUGGUUAUUACUGGAGCACAAAUUCCAGUUGGUGAAGUUCGCUCUGAUGGUCGUGAAAACAUGAUUGGGGCAUUAAUUGUAGCCGGUAAUUUUGACAUCCCCGAAGUUUGUGUUCUCUUCAAUAAUCGUUUGUUUCGAGGGAAUCGAUGCACAAAAAUUGAUAAUCGAGGACUUGAGGCAUUUGACAGUCCAAAUAUGGCACCUUUAGCUACUAUGGAUAUUUCUAUUAAUGUUAAUUAUGAAUCAAUUUAUCGAAGCAAUGAAUUGCGUCCUUUUACAGUACAAGAAACGCUUUGCCGCAAUGUUGUUGUCCUUCGCAUAUUUCCUUCUUUGUCUAUUGAAUCGGUUCGUGCCCUUUUAUGCCCACCAACCCAAGGGGUAGUUCUUCAAACUUAUGGAUCUGGAAAUAUCCCUGCUGGAAGGACUGAUAUAAUGGAGGAAAUAAGGAAGGCUGUAAAUCGUGGUUGUCUUAUUGUGAAUAUUUCUCAGUGUUCUAAAGGAAUUGUGACGGCUUCUUAUCAAAAUGGAAAGAUAUUAGCAGAAGCAGGAGUUAUUUGCGGGUCUGAUAUGACAACGGAAGCAGCAUUAACUAAAUUAGCAUAUGUUUUGGCCAAACAAGAAUGGAAUUUGGAAACAAAAUCAAUGAUGUUGCGUCAUAAUUUAGCUGGUGAAUUAACUGUUGCACGUUCUGAACAGCCAAAUGAACUUGACAUGAUCCCCAGAUUGGCAAAACUUUUGCGAAUAACUUCUUCCAGUGAAACUCAAUUGCUACGUAAAGUUCUUUUUCCACCUUUAAGUUGUCAUGCAGCAUUUGCUAAUGAUAUUUCGAGUCUUGAGAAACUUCGUUUAAGUGGAGCUGAUCUUUCCGGAGGUGAUUACAAUAUGCGAACUUCACUCCAUACUGCUGCUGCUGCGGGAAAUGUGGAAGCAGUCGAGUACCUGCUAAGACAAGGCGCUUCAGUGCACAUUAGAGAUUCUAACGAAGAGAAUGCGCUUGUUUGUGCUGUCCAUUCACGAAAUCUCGAAGUUAUAAAAAUGAUUAGACAAGCUGGUGGGGAAUUGGUUCAACCAAAGCAACGAAUAGGUGUUGAACUCUGUCUAGCGUCUGCCUCAAACGAUUUGGCUGCUAUAAAGGCUUGGCAUUCUGCUGGUGCUGAUCUUUCAACACCGGAUUACUCAGGAAGAACAGCUUUACAUAUAUCAUCCUCGCGUGGAUUUGAUCAAUUGAGUGAAUUUCUCUGCAAUAUAGGCAAUGUCAAUCCAUUAAUUAAAGAUUGUUGUGGAAGAACAGCAAUAGAUGAAGCUUUGGUUGCAUCAGAAGAAGGUAGAGUUGGGGAAAUAAUUGCACCAAAUUUUCAAAAUAUACUUGCACUUUUUAAAACUAAUAAGAAAAUUAAUGACUGA